AUGCCCGCCAUAAGGCACGCCUCGAAGCGCAAGCCCCCGCCCGAAGGCUUCAGCGACAUCGAGAAUGACCUGCUCAUCUUCGCCAACAAGAUGAAGGACGCGCAAAACAAGCCGCCGCCCACGGGGCCCAAGUACCAGGCGCAGUGGGAGAUUUUCCAGAUAUCCCACCAGAGGAGCCGCUACGUCUACGACCUGUACUACGAGAAGGAGGCCAUCAGCAAGCAGCUGUACGAGUGGUUGCUCAAGAACGGCUACGCAGACGCGAUGCUCAUCGCCAAGUGGAAAAAGACGGGAUACGAGAAUCUCUGCUGUCUCCGCUGCGUUCAGACCAAGGAAACCAACUUCAACAGCACAUGCAUAUGUCGCGUCCCGAAAGCCGAUUUGAAGGACAACCAGGACGUCCAGUGUGUCAGCUGUGGCUGCCGUGGCUGCGCAUCGAGCGACUAG